AUGGCCGAAGGAAAGAGAACGCAAUUCGCUUUAGUCACGGGCUGUACGCCCGGCGGCAUUGGGCACUUUCUUGCACUGGAAUUCGCCGAACGAGGCUUCCAAGUCCUGGGUACCGUUCGCGAUCCGUCCAAAUACACCUCGCCGCACCCCAACAUCACAUAUCUACCCCUCGAACUCCCCCACAAGGAAUCCAUACGCGCACUCCACCAGCGCGUCACCGAGAUCACGGGCGGAAAACUCGACAUACUAUACAACAAUGCCGGACGCAACUAUGUCGUACCAGCGCUGGACUACGACGAGGAUGAGCUGCAGGAACUUUUCCAAGUCAACGUCUUCUCCGUCAUGGAGAUGUGCAAGACCUUUACCCCUCUUGUGGUCGAAGCGAAGGGUACAAUUGUACAGACAGGGUCGUUAGCUGGCAUCAUGCCUUAUGUGUGGGGUGCACCAUACAAUGCCUCCAAGGCCGCACUACACGCCUAUUCCGACACCCUACGCGUCGAACUCGCUCCGCUAGGCGUACGCGUCAUCAACGUCGUGACUGGCGGCGUCACAUCGAAUAUUGCGCGAACACACCGAACUCUGCCACCGGGCUCCUAUAUGCAACCGCUUGCUGCCGAAUACGAGCGAAGGUUGAAGCACAGUCAAGAGUUGGGCAUGGAUACCAAGCAAUACGCAAGCAGUUGCGUGAGGCAGGUGCUAGCUGGAGACGGCAUACUCUCCAAGACGAGAUGGAUAUGGGAGGGCAAGAUGAGCUGGGUCGUGUGGUUCGCGUGGACGUACCUACCGACUGCGGCGCUUGAUCUUUACUUCACCAGGACGUUCAAGCUGAACAAGCUGAGAGGGACAGCUGGACCGGAUAAAAAGACGCAAUAG